CGGAAGGAGGUAUUGUGGGUCCACCUCACAAAAAUGGUGGUGGCGCACAUUUAGGAACGGUACAGUUGAGACUGGGGCAAAAGGGCUGCGAUGAAUAGUGGCAGUGUGUGGGAGCAUUUGCCGCUUCUGGUGAGAGCCAACUCCAAAGAGUCGGUGGAAUACAUAUUUCAAGCCCUAUGGAGGACUCGCAAGACCGGACUCGACGCCGCCGACCGCCGGCUUUUCCAGGAAAUGCUCAACCUCCCCGGCGGCGAUUCCGAUCUCGACCCUCUUUUGGUGUGCCUGCGCAUUUUGAUUCGAAGAUGUGUAUUCGAAGGUGUCAAGAAGGAUGAGAUUCAGAUGUUGUUUCCGGACGGGGUCCUGCCUGAAUUGCAGAGAUUAUUAACACUUCUGCUCCAAAAAUUUCAAAAGGAGUGGCAAGAAGAUGUUGCGAAUGAUCGGCAGCAGGUAGUCUUACGCCAGGGGAAUGACAAUUCUGAAGCUUGAGACCCCCCCCCCCCUGUGGCUGUUUUUAUAUUGAAGGCAUUUAUAACUUGCAGCUUGAAAGUGAUGCGGCCUCUUACUCUAACUAAAGGGAUGUGAAGAUU